AUGGGUCCCAAGCGCAAACAACCCUUGCAGAAGCCCUCGUCGUCUAAGUCUCGAAAAGGGCGCUCUCCCACAGAUUUGAGUGUACCAACCCCCCCCUCUGAUUUGUCUGCUAUUAGUACCAAUGCUGAGGAUGAUCUCUCAUGGGCGAUAACCAAAAGAAACGCCGGAGCAAGGAUUGAUCAAUAUGAACUCGUCGGCGAACAUAACCGACGAAGGGAAACAAUCCUUAAGCAAUCCUUACAUGCAUUGCUGGAGUGGCUUCCGCCAGGAGGCCGUGAUUACCACGCCAAAAUUAUUCGCGAUGCGAAGACCGAUUACGAGAUCUGGAAACAUUUCGAGUCAGUAUGCUGUCAUUUAGCUGCUCCCAGUAGGUCUACCAUGAAGUUCUUUGAGCAGCCGAUGAACUUUGAUGAACCGUCCAGUGGUCCCCAAGAUAACAUGACAGAUCAUGCGCGUGUUGUGGCAGAUACUAUAACCGAUCCCCAAGCACGUGUGCCAGAAUUCCCACAAACUCUUGCAAGGCGCGACGACCAUCGCUGUGUUAUCACAGGCCAUAUGAGUUUCGAUCGCUGGCGUGAGAUAGGAGGUCCUGAUGAUUCUGCUGCGAAUCUUGUGGGGGCACAUAUUAUUUCAUUUGCUUAUGCUAGCUGGAAAACUCCAGUAAGUUCGCCCUUUCAAUACCGACUCAGGAGAAACAUACAUACUAAUGUGUACAAGGUGGUGAAGACGAGGCGUUCGAAUGCAUGGGUUAUGCUAUAUGAAAGUUUCCCUACGCUAGAACGGGUGAUACAUUCUACAUCAAUCAAUCAUCCGUCAAACGGAAUCACCUUGCGACACGAUCUCCAUACCUUUUUCGGGGGAUUCAAGCUUGCAUUCCAAGCUACAGGGCAGCCACAUGAGUAUCAUGUUCGUGUGUUCGGCGAUGUCUCACAUUACGCUCUAAAGGAUUUUCUGGAUCCAAUUACUCUCGGAAAUGCUGCAUCAGAUGAGGAGGGUAUUGCGCUGCCAGACCCUGCCCUUCUAGACUGUCAUUACCGGAUAGCCAAUAUUCUUCAUGCGUCCGGAAUGGGAGAGACAGUCGAGAAACUCAUGCGAGAAUGGGAUGAUCUUAAGCAGGGCCCAGGAUGUCAUGGACUGAGGGAAGAUGGUAAAACUGACGUGGAGACGUUUCUGUCCGCCGGGCUAUGGGAUUGUGUCAAUGGAUAA